GACUACAUCUGCCCGCGGUGCGAAUCUGGUUUUAUUGAGGAGCUUCCUGAAGAGCCCAGGAACGCUGACAAUGAGACCAGCUCCUCUACAGCAGCCAGCGAGCAGAGCAGGCAUCCUUUUGAGAACGUGGAUCAGCACUUAUUCACCUUGCCGCAGGGCUACGGCCAGUUUGCCUUCGGGAUCUUUGAUGACAGCUUUGAGUUUCCGUUCGGGUCCAACGUGCAGUCGGAAGACAACAGGGACUCCGAGAACCGCCGGGAGCGAGAGCACCAGUCUCGGCAUCGAUAUGGCGCCAGGCAGCCCCGAGCGCGUCUCGCCACGCGCCGUGCGGCCGGCAGGCACGAGGGAGUGCCCACGCUAGAAGGAAUUAUCCAGCAGCUGGUCAAUGGAAUUAUUGCACCUACAACGAUACCAAACCUCGGGCUGGGUCCUUGGGGAGUCUUGCAUUCGAACCCAAUGGAUUACGCGUGGGGUGCCAACGGCUUGGACGCAAUUAUUACCCAGUUACUAAAUCAGUUUGAAAACACGGGACCGCCGCCAGCAGACAAAGAGAAGAUCCAGGCUCUCCCCACCGUACAGAUCUCCCAGGAACACGUAGAUUCUGGGUUAGAGUGUCCUGUGUGUAAAGAAGACUAUACAGUGGGUGAAAGCGUCCGGCAAUUACCCUGCAAUCACCUGUUCCACAACAGCUGUAUAGUCCCUUGGCUGGAACAGCACGACACGUGUCCUGUGUGCCGGAAAAGCUUAAGCGGACAAAACACUGCCACAAACCCCCCAGGACUCACGGGGAUGAACUUCUCCUCAUCCUCCUCCUCCUCUUCCUCCAGCUCACCAAGUAACGAAAACACAUCGAACAACUCCUGAAUCUUAACCCACCCCCCGUCCCCGGGGCCCCGUCCGUGUCCGUCCUCCCCCUGGCAGCGCAGGGGCUCCCAGAGCAGAGCUGGGGAGGGGAGCGGGGGGAGCAGCACCCCCACAAUUCCCUUUUGAGUUCUGAAGAUGCGGAGACUCUGGGUCCUUCAGAGAUGAGAAGCCUCAAGUUCUGUGACGGGGGGAAAGAGCUGUUUAUUAAUAAAAGCAUCCAUCUGCCGCCUGGACUU